GAUAAGGCGUGAAUAUAUGUGCCACUCAAGUUCCUGCUUUGAUAGCUGCACAUGUCGUCGUUUCAGACGCUGCUUCACACAGUGACACGCAGCUAGACCGUCCUUCCAACUCUAGAAAUGGCCGUCACUGCAUCUAUACUGGUGGUACUCAUCGUUGCCUCCAGUACUUUAUGCGCACCAACGGUCGAGCAGUCCCUGACAAAUAUAGAACAGUCCGUUGCGGAUCUGAGAAAGACCCUUCUGAGCGGCCGUCCAAGAGAUUGCGCCGAUCUUUAUAUCUCUGGCCAGAACCACAGUGGUGUCUUCAACAUCUUUCCUUACGAAGGAUCAAAGCCGGCUAUUGCAACUUACUGCGAUAUGGAAUCAGACGGAGGUGGUUGGACGGUUUUUCAACGGCGCGGGCAGUUUGGAAAUACAGUGUACGACUUCUAUCGAGAUUGGAAGGCUUACAAAAAUGGUUUCGGGGACCCAGCAAAAGAAUUCUGGCUAGGAAAUGACCUGAUCCACGUCAUGACAUCUAACAAGGCAAUGUCACUCCGUAUCGUACUCACGAAUCGCACGGGAGAGACUUUCGCAGCGGACUACGCUUCCUUCAAAAUUGCUGGUGAAAAGGAACAGUACAAGCUCAUAGUCAGCGGGUACACGGGAGCAAAAGGUUAUGAUGCAUUCAGUCAAGCAAACGGAUCCAGGUUCAGCACGUUUGACAGGGACUACGACAUGAGCCGUGACAGCAACUGUGCCGUUACAUACAGGGGAGCCUGGUGGUACACGAGCUGUCACGUGGCAAAUCUCAAUGGCCUCAACCUCGCCGGGGCCCACGCGAGCUUCGCUGACGGCAUCGAAUGGUCAAUCAGAGGCGGCAUAGGAAGCCUAUAUCAUUACUCCUUCCCGCAGGUAGAAAUGAAAAUCAGAGAGAGAAGCUUUGGAACUUUGGCUGCUGGAACUGCAGACGCAUAUCUAGAAAUGGCCGUCACUGCAUCUACAUUGGUGGUACUCAUCGUUGCCUCCAGUGCUUUAUGCGCACCAACGGUCGAGCAGUCCCUGACAAAUAUAGAACAGUCCGUUGCGGAUCUGAGAAAGGCCCUUCUGAGCGGCCGUCCAAGAGAUUGCGCCGAUCUUUAUAUCUCAGGCCAGAACCACAGUGGUGUCUUCAACAUCUUUCCUUACGAAGGAUCAAAGCCGGCUAUUGCAACUUACUGCGAUAUGGAAUCAGACGGAGGUGGUUGGACGGUUUUUCAACGGCGCGGGCAGUUUGGAAAUCCAGUGUACGACUUCUAUCGAGAUUGGAAGGCUUACAAAAAUGGUUUCGGGGACCCAGCAAAAGAAUUCUGGCUAGGAAAUCAGCUGAUCCACGUCAUGACAUCUAACAAGGCAACGUCACUCCGGAUCGUACUCACGAAUCGCACGGGAGAGACUUUCACGGCGGACUACGCUCUCUUCAAAAUUGCUGGUGAAAAUGAACUGUACAAGCUCAUAGUCAGCGGGUACACGGGAGCAAAAGGUUAUGAUGCAUUCAGUCAAGCAAACGGAUCCAGCUUCAGCACGUUUGACAAGGACAACGACAUGAACCCUGACGGCAACUGUGCCGUUACAUACAGGGGAGCCUGGUGGUACACGCGCUGUCACGUGGCAAAUCUCAAUGGACUCAACCUCGCCGGGGCCCACGCCAGCUUCGCCGACGGCAUCGAAUGGUCAAUCAGAGGCGGCGUAGGAGGCCUCUAUCAUUAUUCCUAUCCCCAGGUAGAAAUGAAGAUGAGAGAUGCAAGCUUUGAAACUUUGACUGCUAGAAUAAAUUGAAAUAAAGGAUGGAUAAAUUA